AUGCAUUUAUUUCCAGCUUCUGAUGCUUUUGACGAAAUACAUGAAAAAUGUGAGAAAUUGAUGUGGAAAGUAAUAGAAAUACGGAAACAUUAUGGGAAGCAGUGCAUAGAAUACCAACAAAAGUCAUCACAGUGUGAAAUGUCAUUAUUAAAGUUGCGUUUAAAUACAAUAUCAAAAUUAAAAUCACCAACAAGAAGGCAUGAAAUACCAAAACUACCAUACAGAGAAAUGAUGCAAGAUAUGGAUGAUUUCAAAAGUGAAAUUUCAACAAAUGAGAGAAAUAUUCAAAAUUUAAUGAAAAAAAUAAAAACAACAGAGGAUAUUGCUGUUCAUAUUAAGAGUGAUAAAAUUAAUAAACUGGCAAAAAAACCUUUUACAGUCAAUACAUUUUUGUUAGCUGCAAAGGGUAAUAUCCAAGAUGGAUCUUAG